UUUCUUACAAAUUGACACUUGAAUGAGGCCACAUGCAUGAGAAAAAGUGUCUCUGGGAACAACAUUGUCCAUAUUCGGUUUCGCAAUAUUGGCAGCAAUGUCGACAAUUGACAAGAAGGAAGAAUUGGGCAACAAACGGGGAACCUGUUGUUCGCUGGAGAGGACAGGAGAGGAGGAUUGGGAAUGUAGACACUCUACGAACGCGAUUGCCAUCAUGAACACCAAAACAAAUCCGCAAAAUGUGUCGAAUUCGUACAGCGGAGAUACUAUUGGAAGGGACAGUCCAUCAGCAUUGCUAGUUGUGCUUGCGGAAGUUGCAUCUCAAACAUUGCAUUCGGAAACAAAGCAUAUUGACUCGCUGCUGGCAGCACAAUGCAAGCCCAGAACAGCGAGUAUAAAACGGAAAGAAUCGUGCUUUACUGUAUCUCAGCUUUUGUCCAUGCCUGUUUCUCAUCUUGUUAAACAAUUUGCUAUUUUUACAAGUGACGAACUCAAAAGACAAUAUUCUUAUACUUGUGCAUUAGUGCCUGGUUGUCAACAGAAAUAUACCAGUUUUGCUAGUGAAGAAAAGGCAAGAGCAUCUAUUAAAAGUCAUUUAGAAGAGCAUUUAGAAUAUCUGAAAGCAGACAAAGAAACCUAUGAUACAUUUACAGCAAAAAGUAUAAACUAUAAAAAUUUAAAAACUAAUUUACAAAGCAAGAAAAGUCGGAUGCAGCAGACAAAAAAACCUCAAGAAACAACAAAUAAGAAGAAUAAAGAUGUGAUAUUGGAAAAAUCUACAAAUUAUUUACGUAAAAUACUUUUAAAUGAUAUUAAUAUUAAAGAGAAUGAGAAGCAGAAAUGUUUCCAAAAUUCAGAAAAUAAGGAAGCGCACAAUUCCAAAUUAAAGAAUUCUGAUCAAGUGGAUACUAAAGUCCUUGGAGAUCAUAGUUAUUUCGAACGAUUAGAUGAUAAAAUGUCUAAUAGAAAGGGAAUGUCAUCUUUUAAUAAUGUUCUGGAUAAUACAAGAAAAGAAAAUAUUGUAUUGAUGGUUGUUGGUAGUGAUAGUGUACAUAUGAAAGAAUAUUCUUCUGUUAACGAGAAAUUAGCUGAAAACACAAAUUGUCAAGAUUCUGAUACUCUCUAUUCAUCAGAUUCAUGGUCAGAUGAAACUCGGAUAAAAAAUACAGAAAUAUCUACAGCUACCAAACCUAAAGGAAAAGCAAAGUUUAUUGGAACGAGUAAGGAAGAGAGGGAAAUGGCAUUAGCAUAUAUAGAGCGUAUUAAGAAGAAAGGCAAUCCUACAGGAAGUAAUUUACAAUGUCGCAUCUGUGAUCCACCUCGUAGUUUCACUGCGCCUACAACUUUAGUAUCUCAUUAUCGCAGUCACGCUGGAAUAAAACCAUAUGAAUGUCGAAUAUGUAGAGCAGUUUUUACAAGAAGACACAGUUUGAAAUAUCAUAUGUUGAUCCACCAAAAUCAGACGCGCUUUACAUGUGCAGAUUGUGGAAAAAAGUUUAGACAUCCAUCACACUUUAGGGAACAUCAACGUAGACAUACUGGAGAAGCUCCAUUCGGAUGUGACGAUUGUGGACAACGGUUUAAAACAAGAAAUACUUAUAAACGUCAUUUAAAAACACGUCACGGUAAAAUUCUCACAACAAUCGGUGAAGUUUUACAUCUUUCCGAAGAAGACUUUCAAAAGGUUCGAACCAAUCGAAGAAAGAAAGACUGUAUCCCAGAAACUGCAAUAAAUGUCGAUAAUAUUGAGUCCAAUAUGAUCAUGGAUUUUGCAAAUCAUGAAAAAACACAAAUUGUCACAAAUCCAGUAGAAGAGUAUGUUCUGAAAGAGAAUAUUGAGGAUAUUAAUAGAAAUUUGGAAACAAAAGCUAUUAUACAAAAUGUUGAUAAAUGUCUUGAGAGUUUUGAGAUUUGUUCAGAAUCUCAAUCGAAUAAGACUGAUGGUAUAGAGACUGAAAUAGCUAUAGACUGUAGAUAUUCUGAUAAGAAUGACAGAAGUGUUAAAGUGGAACGUAUCAAUAAUGUAGAAAAUGACCUGCUACAAUUAAAAAAUCAUUUUUACAAUAAUUUAAAAACAACCAAUAAUGAAGAAAAUCAUAUUGUGUAUCAGCAUAACAUUGAAGAUCAAGAUGAAGUUUAUAAUUGUAGCAAUAGGAUACAAUGGCUUGAAUAUUCUGAAAUAAAAUGUAACAAUGAGAUUUCAAAGGAAGAAGAAAUAGAUAAUAAAAUAAAUAUAGAUCUUUCAGAAGAGUUACACCAAAAUAAACUGUUACAAGAAUCUAUACACAAUUAUCACAAAAUAAUAUGCGACAGUGAUACACAAGAAAAAACUGCAAUGUAUAUGCAUUUACAAACUGAACAAGUAGAAACAAGUUCCAAUGAAAAUAACCAAACAUAUGAUGAAAAAUAUAAUGGACACAUUAUUAUCACACAAAACAAUGACAUGAAUGAAGAAUCUAAUAAAUAUGCCAAUACUUACAAUAUUGAAAAUAAGGAAUGUACAGAAAGUAACAAUACUUUAUGUACACAGAUAACAAAUACUUCAGAUAUUAAUAUUUUGCAAACGUUUGAUGCAGUUAAAGAAGAGGAUAUGCCACAAAAUCAAGAUAACAAUAUACUUCAAGGAAACAAGUGUUUAAAUGAAUUUAUUGCGACUGAUUCGAUGAAAACCAUAAAUGUCUCUUCAAAAAAUUCUGUUAAAGAAAAUCAGGAAAUUGAUCAACAAAAUAAUCAGUGUUUAUAUGUCAAUGCUAAUCAGUUAAAUAGAAUAAUUACACAAAGUAGGUGUAUAAACAUACCUCUACAUCAAAUCGAAUUGUAUCGCGAUAAACAAAAUCAAUUGCAAACGAAAACAGACAAUUGUAGGAAAAUUCGAAUUUUAGACAGUAACUUACAAGCAAUUGAUAUAAAGCAAUCUGACAAGCAAAAUACGAUUUUGUUUGUAUCUAAUGAUCAUCUGAAGAAUGGCAUUUUUCAAAUUGACAAAAAUAGUAUCAGAUACUGUCAAAGUUCUAAAAAGAUAGAUUUUCAAAAUUAAGUGAUAAUA